CGUCUCACAGCAGUUAUCCUUCCUUCCUACAAAUUAAUUUACAAGUCCGCCUGCCUUUAUGACAACUUCAACAUUCUCCAUCUUCUCUUUCAAAAUCCACAAAGAAACCACAACGCUUCUCAAAACCCAUAUAUAUUAAAGAGAAAUGAGACAAGUGUUUUAGGUGAAGGCAAGAGAUUUUUUUUGUUGGUCAAUCAGCAUGGGAGAUUGCAGGCCAUUGGGUUUCUUGCUGGGUUUGCCUUUUGCUUUGGUUGCAUUGGUCUUAUCUGUUGUUGGUGCUGUCAUCUGGGUUCUUGGGUCGGUUUUGAGUUGCUUGUGUCCAUGCUGCUGUUGUGUUGGUGGGCUAGCGAAUUUGGCAGUCACUCUUAUCAAGCUUCCUGUAAAAAUAAUUAGAUGGUUCAUCGAUAAGAUCCCUUGUUGAAGAUGUCAGGGUAGGGUUUCGAGGGAAUUUGUACGAUUAUUUGUUCUGAUUUUUCAGAAAAUUCAUGAUUUGUAAUUAGGUAGUAUAUUCGAUUACACCACCAUAUAUUGUUAGAUUAUAUGCUGCAUUUGUUAUUUUUCUUCA